GCCGGUAUAAAAUCUGCCAAGCUUCUGUGACAGGAAACCGACAGAGAGAGCUGCUGGAUAAUACGUGAUCCAGCUACAAUAUCGGUAUUAAUGAAUUGUUAAUGUAGUCAAACAUAAACUAGGUAGCGAUAUAUUUUUGAACGGGAUCCUUUGCCCGUGACUCGGUGAAGACUCGCGCUCUCUCGUGACAGCGGAUGCUGAAAGCAGAAGUGAUGUACUUGUACUCUACUUGACACUUCAACACAGAAGACAGCCAGCGCUGUUGGUUUUUGUUUUCUUUCAAUAACUCGUUCUCUAUUUUUCGUCAACGGUUCGAAACAUCAGUGUUCAUCAUGUCCGGCUUAAAGGGCUGCAUGAGCCCCAAUGUGUACUCUGAGGUGCCAGAUGGAGGCUGGGGCUGGAUGGUGGCUGCCGCCUUCUUCCUCGUGGAGGUUUUCACCUACGGCAUCAUCAAGACUUUUGGAAUCUUCCUCCAUGACCUCAUGACAGAUUUUAACGAAACCAACAGCAGAGUUUCUUGGGUCGUGUCCAUCUGCGUCUUUGUCAUGGCCUUCACAGCUCCUCUUUCCACGCUGUUGAGUAACCGUUUCGGCCAUCGGCCUGUGGUCAUGCUCGGGGGAUUCCUGAUCAGCCUGGGCACAAUCACAACAGCCCUCACCCAGUCCAUCGUUGAGAUGUACAUCACCAUGGGUAUUGUUGCAGGCCUGGGCUAUUGUCUGACCUUCCUGCCUACCGUCACCAUCCUGUCGCAGUAUUUCAGCAAGCGCCGCUCACUCGUCACCUCAAUAGCCUCCACAGGAGAGUGUUUCUCCUUGCUCGCCCUGGCACCAGCCAUGAAUGCCCUGAAGGAGCAGAUCGGCUGGCGUUACUGCUUGAUGGUGAUUGGGGUCCUGCAGGCCUCCAUCAUUGUCUGCGGGGCUCUACUAAAGCCAAUCGUCAUCAAACCCAAACCCGCCACCCAGGAGGCAUCCACAUCACCCCUUAAAGUCCUCGACUCCAAAUACGACGUAGAGAAUGAAUUCACAUGCACCUCUAUUGACUCGGUGGACUCGGUUGCCAGUCCCACUAUCCUCCUCCAGGUCAACCUGGCCAGAGAGCAGGAAAAGAAAGAGGAAGGAGAAUCGCCAGAGACGCCUCUGAAACAGAAGCAGGAGGACUCCAGUGUGUCCAGAACCAAACUCUUGGACUUCUCUGUGCUCAGAGACGCCAGUUUUAAUUGCUACGCAUUGUUUGGUCUGUUCGCAACGCUGGGCUUCUUCGCACCGCAGCUCUACAUCAUUCAGCUGAGUGUGAGUCGAGGAGUAUCCCGGGACAGCGCCACCUACAUGCUGUCUGCUAUGGCCGUGGCUGAGAUUGUGGGUCGUUUGUCCAUGGGCUGGGUCCUCAAUCGCAAGCCCAUCCGCAAAAUCUACAUCCUGCUGAUCUGCACAGUGCUGCUGUGUCCGGUGCUGGUGGUCUUCACCUUCGUCUCAGAGUUUUGGGGGCUCAUGUCCUGCUCUUGUUUGUACGGGUUUCUGCUGGGCACCGUGGCCUCCAGUCACAUCCCCAUGUUGGCUGAAGAUGAUGUGAUCGGGAUUCAGAGAAUGUCAUCGGCUGUCGGCGUUUACGUCUGCAUUCAGAGCUUCGCAGGACUCGCAGGUCCACCUCUAGGAGGUUUUCUGGUAGACCAGACUAAUAAUUAUGGAUCUGCCUUUUACUCCUGUGCGGCUGGGAUGGGAGUCGGUGCUCUGUUUCUAGGACUGGUGCGUCCAGCGAAAACCGGCCUCUGUUUUGGGAAGAGGAGGAGAAACGACCAGCAAAGAGCAGACAGAGAUGCUUCUUCACAGGGCAGUGAUGACAGCCCUGCUGACUUUGUAGAAAUGGACAUGGAGACUGACAACAGUCCCGCUAAGAGCAAACCAUGGCCAGUAUGAACCUGAAAUCCUUCACUUGAACCAUCAGAUCCAAAGGCUGCCAAACACUAUCCCCAUCCCAACAGGGUGAAUUCCACAUAAAUCAAACCUUACGUCAAUUAAAGUAGUUUAAUCAUUCUUCAAUAGCACUUUUGCUGAACAUCCAAUCAUCCGGAAUACGUUUACAUCUCUAUUUGUUACUACACGUUAUUUAUUGAAGAUUCAAAGCUCCUUGUUUACCAAAGUCUCCAGCUUUUUCUAUUUAUUUUAUUUUAUUUUAAAAAUCGAGCACAAACCAUCAAAAAUAUCUCAGCUUUACUUUUUAAAAAAGAAACCUCAGGCUGUUUUGCUGCUAACAUUGAGGCCAUGAUGUGUAUUUAGGUUUCACAAGCCUCAUUCAGAGUUAAAGAUGACACUCCAUCGAGCGCUCUCUCCAGGGUCUCUUCUUUAAUUAUUAACUAGUUUUGCAGAUGGAAAUGAAAGUCAUGAUACAGGAUGUUUUUGACCAAAACACAUGCCUGCAUGAGACUUAACAGUGGGAAAGUCUUCCAUCAAGAGAAACUGACGUUGAAUGAAAGGUUUCCGUCUUCAGAGAUGUACUGUAGGUCAUCUAGAGUUUCCAAUGGCCACAGAAUGUCCUGUUACUGCUGUCGUUUGGAGUGAGCUGUCGGUGCCUUGCAGAAUCACAAAAAGCUUGACUUGAAGGAAGAAACUACUACAGGGGCUGUUCACUUAGAACACAGCUUUGCAGUGUUUUUUGACAUAGCAUUUUAAAUAUAUGGCACUCAGGUGGAAGAUGUUGGGAAACAGAAUAAGAUGUCAAACCAUUGCACGUAUAGUUUGAUUUAUAUAGAAAAACAUUUACAAGUGACGCAGAGAAAUAUAAAAGAAAAUAAGACCCCAAAAGUUGAAUCCAAAACGAUGUAGCGUAGGAUUUGAAAUUAAUAAAAAAAAAGCAACUGACAUUGUGGAUGGGAGGCCAAACAAAUUCCUCUGCACAAUGAAAUAAAACUAUUAAAGCUCUGUGUGAUAAAAGUGGAAAUUUAGUGUUAUGCUAAAGCCUUAAAACCAGUCACAAACAAUUCUGUUGAGUUUACAGACGCUUCAGUGUUAGACUGGUUAGUAAUGAAAACGUUGAGAGUUUUGUAAAUUUCCUGCGAACAAAUACUCAAAUCAGAAUCAGAAAGAGCUGAAAUGAUUAGACUUGUUUUGCAGUUUCAGUUUUUGCAUAUAUUGUGCUGAAUUAACAUCGUGGACCAACAUGACUGCAACACGUUGUUUCUCCUAUUGUUUUUAUGUGAAGUUUAUUUAGAAACUAAAGCUACGGUCACACCGGGCUUUGUGUGUGCGAAAUUCUGUCGUGCGGCGCUGCGAAAAGAGGCGGGAUUAAACAAGAUGAUUAGACAUUAAAAAAAGCAAGCGAUUGCUCCAUGCUUUAAAUUUCUGUCCAGAGAGGUCCUGUUUUGAUUGAUCUCACGCAGUCAAGUGAUGCGAUUUCGCUGGUCAGAGUUCACCAAGCUUGAACUUUGCACCGCAGCAACUUGCGAAACUUGACGCAUGACCCUGUGUUUUCAUUCUGACGCAUUCACGUGCGUUUGAAUUGAAGUCUAUGGGAAGAAAAGCCCAGUGUGACCGCAGCUUAAUUUUGAGAGGAUAACGUGCUUAUGAUUGAACACAGCUGGUCAUGCAUUAGCCAAUUCAUGAUCCACCAAUCAGACGAUUCCUUAGUCACAAUAAAUACCCUAGGUUCCAUAUCACAGCCAUCUUCAUUUUGAAGAACCCCCCCCCCCCCUCCACCCCUACUCCUCCUUUCCUAGAUGGGUGGCACGGUGGCCCAGUGGUUAGCACUGUUGCCUCACAGCAAGAACAUCUGUGGUUCUAUUCCUUACUAAUCCAGCCGACGUUUCGGUGCGAGUUUAUACGUUUUCCCCAUGCUCAUGAUUCCCCCAGUUUCCUUCCAUCAUCCAAAAACAUGCAACUUAAGUUAAUUGACUAAUCCAAAUAGGCAUCAUAGACAUGCUCCUAGUAAGUAGUUAUCUCUUGAGCAAUCACUAUCUGUUCAUUAUCUACUACAGCAGGGGAGUUCUCCAGAUCUACCUGAGCUCAAACUCCCCUCUCGCCUUGCAAACGGGAGGGAGCCCCGGGCUCGAGGAUCUUAUGAGCUCAGGGCUCUCUCUCGGGACAGCAUGCCCAACACUCUUUAUAAUCAAUCAUCAGCUAAGUGUGAACUCUUGAAAUGAAUUUUAUUCAUCGAGAUCAAAAUCAUUACGAUAUCAAGAGCAACAAAAUCAACAAUUUUUUAAUUGAUGAUUUGCUUUUGUCACACUAAUGAAUUACUUUUUAAUCCUUAUGUAAUAAAUAACUUACAUUCCGUUCUUAAACUAAGUUUGGGUGCCCGAUUCUAGUAUUCUGAUUCUAGUUUAGAGUUUAGGAGUUAAAAAAAAACGUUGACAUCAUUCUAGAAAGCAGACAGUCGCUUAAUGGGAAAAUCAGUUUUCAGUGAUGCAGUGCAAUAGACAGAGUAGAAAAGCCCAUCAAGCAUGGCCAAAGAAUGAAAAAGAAAGAGGAAAGGAAAAUAAAACAAAGCAACAAGAAGCAUAAAAAUGUCUGGAAAACUGACAAAGAUAUCGGUUUAGUGCGUUACAAGCAGUGUUGUAAAAAGACUGCCACUAAAAAUGUUAAGUGUUGACCAAAAUGUAUUUCUAAACAACAGUCAGUCAUAAAAACACAACAGCAGAGUGUGUUCUCUGAGAAGCAGCUCCUAAUUUACUGCAAAGAUGAUGAAGUGGUGUUUAUGCAUCUUUAACACUGGCUGUUUAAUGCUGCUCACAAGUGGCAUGAAUGCAUUUACACAGCAGCUACAAAGGUAUACUUACCAUGGAUGUUAUGCAGCAGUCUUUGAAUUAUGAGCAUGCACAGAGCAGCAUUAACCUGACUGUGUGGAGAUAAAAACGUCAGACUGUAGGAUUGUUCUGUUAAACACUACAUGAAUGGGAGAGGAAUGUAGGGUUUGAUGAAAACAAGACAGGUUGAGCAACAGAGUGACCAAAAUCCAAAAAGAUGCCUAAGAGAUGAGCCUGUUGGUGAAUUCUAUAAGAAAAAAGAAGCACUUACCUUUUGACUUGAACUCUUAUGGACCUCCUAUUAUGUUCUGUAAGCAUGUUUAAUUUGUCAUAUUUAAACAGUUUAUUUUGUACAUUUAUUGACACUUUUCCCCUUUUGAUUUGUAUUAUUUGUGAUGUACUAUAGAUUCUGCCGGAGACAUGCUGCACUUCUGAAUAAUGCAUUGAGAGAAUGUUUAAAUGUAGAAUAAACUCAGUGAUUUUUUAUAA